ACAGAGGACGUUCUCCACACUUCUGCAGAACGCAUCUCCCUGGGUGUGUAGGUGCAGAGGCCGUCUCGUUCUGAGCACUCCUCCCACCAGAUCAAUUUGCCUUCAUUAAAACAUAACCAAACCUAACAAAGCCUCAGCCUUUCCUUUGAAAGACUGCAGCAAACCACACCAGGCUGGCAUGAGGCUGCAAUGUACACUGGCUUUUCAGACGGACGCCUUUGGCAUGGGCAUGACUGUGCCAGCGCUCCUGGUCCUGCUGAGCCUGCUGAUUGGGAGCAGCCAGGGAUGCUACUGUGAGCAUUACCCAUGGGGGUCGUGGUCUGCUUGCUCACAGACCUGUAAUUUGGGCACGCAGACCAGGCACAGGCAAAUAAGAAUGGAUGAAUAUUAUAGCCAAAACUUCUGCGACCAGCUGUGCACAAAGCAAGAAUCUCGUACAUGUAACCAGCAAACAUGUCCUAUCAACUGUCAGCUUGGAGACUUUGGCCCUUGGUCAGAAUGUGACCCAUGUGUUAAAAAACAAUUCCGUACCCGGCCACUCCUGCGACCAUCCCAGUUUGGGGGCCAGGACUGUACCGAGCCACUGGUGGAAUCCCGUCCGUGUUUCCCAGCCAAGCUCUGCAACAUAGUGGAAGUUGACUGCAAGAAUAAGUUUCGGUGUGAGAGUGGUCGCUGUAUUUCAAAAACACUGGAAUGUAAUGGAGAAAAUGACUGUGGGGACAACUCUGAUGAAAGAAACUGUGGAAGGAAAAAGACUGUGUGUAACCGAAAGUAUGAGAGCAUCCCAGGUGUGCAAUUAAUAGGCAGUGGAUUUCACAUUUUCUCAGGAGAGAGCCGAGGGGAAGUUCUUGGCAACUCAUUCAACGGAGGGCGGUGCACAACGGUGAAGCGCAAUGACACAAGGAAGUUGUAUCGUGUCCCUGCAAAUCUGGAGGCUGUCAGCUUUCAGGUAACAGAUGAAGAGGAUGAUGUAACAUCAGAUUUCUACAAAGAUUUAACUCCCCUGAGUCACGUCACUUCUUACAGUGGUUCAUCCACUCGUAGUGGUAAACGUUCUUCUGGUAUCCCAUUUUUAUUCUCAAAAAAGACACGGGUUCAGGUUACAAGCUCUUCCUCCUUCAAGAAAGCUAUUGAAGCCUCUUAUGAGAAGAAUUCCAACUUUAUUAGAGUCCAUAAAGUAAUUUCUGUUGCAAACUUCACAAUGAAACAGUCAGAUCUGCAGCUAUCAGAUGUCUUUCUAAAAGCACUUAACCACCUGCCCCUGGAGUACAACUAUGCUUUAUACAGCAGAAUAUUUGAUGACUUUGGCACUCAUUACUACACCUCUGGGAAGAUGGGUGGUUCCUAUGAUAUUCUUUACCAGUAUAGCUCUGAGGAACUGCAGAACUCGGGCCUGUCAGUUGAGGAAUCAACAGAGUGUGUCCGCACAGAAACAACCCGGCGUGUGCUCUUCUGGAAGAAAAAGAAAGUCAGUACCAGAUGCACCACAAACAGGAUGACUGUGACCCAUGAAGGUUCCAUUUUGGAGUCAGCUGAACGAUCAAUUUCCCUGGUAAAAGGUGGCAGGUCAGAGUAUGCAGCAGCUCUGGCCUGGGAGAAAAAGGGGGCUUUUCCAGGACACAGAGUCUUCACAGACUGGCUGGAAUCAACAAAGGACAAUCCUGUGGUGAUUGAUUUUGAGGUGUCGCCCAUCGUGGAGCUGGUGAGGAACGUGCCGUGCGCGGUGACCAAGCGCCGCCACCUGCGGAGGGCCCUGCGGGAGCUGGCGGGAAUGUUGGACCCGUGCCGCUGCGCCCCGUGCCCCAACAACGGCCAGGCCGUGCUCCUGGGGACACGGUGCCUCUGCCUGUGCCCACCCGGCACCUACGGCGCCAACUGCGAGACGCGGGCUCCUGGCUACACCGCAGUUGCUGUUGAUGGCCGAUGGGGUUGCUGGUCUGAGUGGAGUCCUUGUGAUGCUUCCUUCAAAAGAAGGAGGACCCGGGAAUGCAAUAACCCCUCCCCAAUGAACGGUGGGAAGCCGUGUGAAGGGCAGAGGGAAGAAGAGGAGGACUGUUAUAUCUCUGUGUUCACAGACAGAGGUGCUCCUUGUAUAAAUGAUGAUGAAGCCAGGAGAGAGGAGAAUGUCUUGAUCGGUGAACCUCAGUCUGGAUGCUUUAGACCAGGCCCACCAGAAUACGGCUUUAUCAGGAGUGAAAAGAACCAUUAUGCUGUUGGGGAGGAAGUUGAAAUUGCUUGUGUGAGUGGAUAUAGCCUCAUUGGCUACCAAUACCUUCGGUGCCUGCCAGAUCAAACCUGGACACAGCAACAUGUUGAGUGCCAACUAUCAGUAUGCCUCAGGCCACCAAUAUCUGAGAUUGUCACAAUUUCCCCAUUUAAGCAGCAGUACAACAUUGGUGAAACAAUGAAGCUGAGCUGCCCAGCUGGGUUUAUAGUCACUGGUCACACAGAGUAUACCUGUGGGAAAGAUCUGUCCUGGACACCUCCUGUUAUGAUGUCUACUACAUGUGAAAAAGAUGUGCUAACCAAAAUUAGAGGUAUUUGCAGUCCAGGACAAAAGCAGAUUGGAUCUCAAUGUGUUUGUAUGUCUCCAGAAGAAGAUUGUGGCCACUACUCAGAAGACAUCUGUGUGCUACAUGCUGUUUCUGAACAGAAUGUGACCAAGCCCAGCUGUCAGUACUCAGCUGAAAUGUGCCUUGGAGUGCAGUCAUUUCAUUUCUUGCAUGCUGGCCCUUGCCAUGGUAAUUCCAACCUAGACUGGGCUAUUGAGAGGGCAAAGCUCUCUGCAAAUAGCUUGAAGAAAGAACCCUGUGGCUAUGACACCUGCUAUGACUGGGAGGAUUGUCAAGAUACAAAGACCCAGUGCUCCUGCCUGAUGCCUUACCAGUGCCCCAAAGGAGAGAUCCGCCCUCACUGCAUCCAAAUGGAGACGACAGGGAGGAGGAGGAUGGUCAGUCACUGCAUGCUGGCAGCCAUGAAGUGUGCUGGCGUCAAACUGCAGGUGCUGGAGCAGGGGAGCUGCCUGCAAUAACCCAUUUGCUCUCUGAACACACCAUGAUCAUUGCAUCAAAUGCAAACUGAGCCACCCACAGAAAAGCUUGGUUGAUUAUGAAAGGAUAAGUGAAGUGGAUCAAAACAAAAGGAUGAGGAAAAAAAAAUAAUCCAGCUUGUUUAACAGCUUUUUGCGAGAAGGGUGGCAGUGAGGUUUUCUGUCUGAAAAUGACCUGGGCUCAGGGGUAUAAGGGUGUAACUUGUCAUUGUGUCAUUGCUGGAACCUCUGGGAAUGUUCAGAGGAAGGGAGGGGAACAAAUGGAAAGGGAGAAAAAGAAAUACUGCCUUUGGUCUCCCCUAGAGCUGGAUGAGACUUUUCCUUUCCUCAGCCAUUUGUUGCUUUGUCCUUGUGCUUGUGACUGCUGUUCACUCUUGUCUCACUCGCUGAAUCACACAGGCAGACAGAGCAAGCACUUCAGCACCACUUCUGGCAUCAAAUGGGAAAGGGGUAGCAGGAAGCUACCUGCAGUCAUGGUACAAAUGGAAGGAGCAAAACCAAACACUGAAAACCAUAAUUACACAAUGACUGAGUGAAGUUAUCAAAAUGAUGUGAUUUUUAAUUGGAGUGGCUGAAGGGAGGAGGUGUUUGCUUUCUGUGUUUGUUCACUGGGUUUCAGCUUUAGGCAGAAAGCCUGAAGCCUAAAGCUUGGAGAAUUUCUAUAGUACCCCUCAGCAUGAAUUAAGAAUGUCUGUACUUUAAAUAUAAAAUUAAUAUUUAAUGAGCAAUGCACUGGGCAGAGUCCUACUGCAAUAUGUGGCUCUACUUGGAGUGAUUGUAUUUGGAGUCUGCAGAAAUACAUCACAAUUAGAUUCCUUGCAUAUACCUGCAUCAGCAUCAAACUUGAGAGCAAUUGUAUGGGGCACCCCAACCCAGCCAUAGUCCAUGCCCCCGGCAUUCCUUGGUCACAAAUAAUUAUUUCUGAGCAGUUGCAACUAGAACUUUCUCUUCAGCAUGCAGAAUUUCACAAAUCUGAGUAUAAAUCUGCCUUUUAAGAAGGGGAAAACUGAACUCCACUUCCUUCUUUACCAACAGACAUUAGAACAAUGACAAUCAGGAAAAAAGCUCCAUAGAAAAGAAUCAUAGAAUUUGCUGAGCUGGAAAGGACCCAUAUAGAUCAUCAAAGUCCAACCAGCCCUGCACAGGACACCCCAAGAAUCACACCAUAUGCCUGAGAGCAUUGUCAAAAUGCUUCUUGGACUCAGCUUUGUGCUGUGACUACUGCCCUGGGGAGACUGUUCCAGUGCCCAACCACCAUCAGGGUGAAGAACCUUCUAGUAGCCAACCUAAACCUCCCCAGGCACAACUCCAAGCCAUUCCCUCUGGUCCUGUCACUGGUCACAACAAAGAGACAAGUGUGUGCCCUCUCUUUCCCUCAUGAGGGAGUUGUAGCUGCAGUGAGGUCUCCCCUCAGCCUUCUCCAGGCUGAACAGACCAAGUGCCCUCAGCUAUUCCUUGUACAGCCUCCCCUCCAGACCCUUCACCAUCCUCAUGAUCCUCCUUUGGACACUCUCUAAUGGUUUCACGUCUUUCUUACACUGUGGCACCCAAAGCUGCCCCAGCACCCGAGGUGAGGCCGCCCCAGCUCAGAGCAGAGCAGGACAAUCCCCUCCCUUGCCCGGCUGGUGAUGCUGUGCCUGAUGCCCCCAGGGCAGGGCCGGCCCUCCUGGCUGCCAGGGCACUGCUGGCUCCUGUUCAGCUCCCCAUUGACCAGGAGCCCCAGGUCCCUUUCCAUGCACUGCUCUCCAGCACCUCCUUCCCCAGUCUGUCCAUACAUUCAGGAUUGCCCUGUCUCAGGUGCAGAAUCAAACAUUUUUCCUUGUUGAACUUCAUAGUGUUGGUGAUUGACCAGCCCUUUCAACAAGGAUUUCUCCUCCCAAAUUAGCAUCAUCUACAGAUGUAGUAUCCCUUCCAGUCCUGCAUCCAAAGUUGCUUUUGAAGAUGGACAGGGCCCAUGAUGGAGCCCUGAAGAACCCCAUAGGUGACCAGUUGCCACUCUGAUGUGACUCUAUUCACUACAAUCCUUUACAUCAGACACAUCAGCCAGUUGCUCACCUGGCGCACGAUGCCCAAGAAGUGCCCAUUACUGAGCAACCUGCCCUGUGUGUAAGUGUCACACCUUGCCAGGGGCUGGGCAAAGUCACCUGGGAGCUGGGAAAGAGCUGGAUGUGAAGUGAUUAUCUUUCCCUACAAAGAAACAUAUUUGGGAUGUUGUCAAGCUCCCUAAAGCAGCAGCUAGUCUCAACUUGAUGGAAAAAAGAAGAAAUUAAUCAAGAAAAAGAAGAAAUUAAUCCUGAUGCUAAAUACAAUAAAUUUAUGCUUUAUUGCUUAAAAUUUAUAGUAAAAAUUAUUAUAAAAGUCUGAGAUAGUCUUUUCUUUGCAGUUCUUUAGCUCUUUCUUCCAGCUGAAAAUCUAUAAUAAUACCAUAGUGGUGACCUAGGUGUGAGUUGCAAAUUUGAUUAUGUUUAGAUUGGUUUUUAGUGCCCUUGUUUCUUCCUGCUGGCUGUGUUCUGUGGAGAAAGAAUCAUUCAGAAUGGUUGUGUACGCUCUCUGCACCACCAACAAACAAUGAAGAUUUCUUGCUCCUGAUCCUCUAACCUUAAUACUAACCUUUCAUUACAGGCUUCUGAUUCCAGUUUGUCUAGCAAAGUUUCUGAUAAAGGGAAUUUUUUUAUCCCUGAUAUUUUUCACCAUGAUAAAUUGUCAGAUGAAGUUAUUUUUCUGGCAAACAGAAGGCAGCCAGGUCCUCUCUGACUGCCCCCACUUCUCCAUCACCUCUGGCCUCAGAGUGGUUGUAUGCUGUGCAAAUGCUUGCAGUGAGAUUUGCUUUGCUCUUUCUUGCUGAUGGGGAUUAUUCCCAUAAUUUCUGUUUUGCAGUUGAGCAUUACAGCACAGAACGGAGACAUCACCUGCCCCUCACUAAUAAGGGGAUGAUUCUGCCAUAUACUGAAUCCAGAGGAUUCAACAUGCUGAAUCAGAGGAUUUUCAGCAUGCUGAAGCAAGUGGGAUUUUUACUGUUGGCUUCAGUAGGGUCAGGAUUGCACUUCACAAGGACUUUGGGUUUGCUCUUGUGCUCUGUCACAGGGGUCCCCAAUCCUUAGAUCAAGGACUGAAGUUCUUUAAUAUUUCCUGCAGUAUCUGUCUUUUUCUUAGAAGUGAUAACUUAUACCAGGUAAUGAUAGUUUUCUGGUUCACUGUGAACCAUCCCUCCUUUGCCACUGUAAGUUCCAAGUAACAUACCUGGCUUGAUGUACCAUUUCCUGGGGCCAUAACUUAUAAUUGGAGAAGAUACAGCAUACCUGAAGUGCAUCUAUCAGGGUAACCUAGGUCACAGAGACCUUGCCAAUUCUCAAAGGACAUCUUUCUUGGUAAUGCAGCUUCUCAACUGCACAGAAAAAACCCAUCUAUUUGGUCUUAACAUUAGAGAGGAAGCAUCAUUCAAAAUAAAUAUAAUGAGCAUUUCCACACAAUUUUCCAUACAAAUUCCAACAUACCUAAUUUUUCACUAGCACAAGACUGUAUGUAAUGAAUAUAGAUUACACUUACCAGGGACUGCGACAGCUGAGGCAUGAUUCAAUGGCUGGACAAGUAGCACUGCUGUUUGUCUCACCCCAGCUUCUGUAUAAAUACUUACUGUAAUGUAGAAUGCAAAAUUUGAGAAAACAUAGAAUAGAACUGAAUAGUGUCUGUUAUAAUGUUUAUCCUUAUGCAACCUCAGACGGGGCUAAUCCAGAGUUUUCUUCAAAGGCUUGAAGGUAAAUCAAAUAUAUAGGUUUAAAUAUCAACUGCCAAACUUUCGCUAAUGACCCAUGGCUUAGUUAUAGCAAUUGUUGUUCCUUCUUGCAAAUAUGAAAACAUCUGGUAUUAAAUGUUUCUAUCCUGGUGGCUUUAUAUUUCAGAUGCUGUGAGAGUGGUAAUUAUCUCUUGAUUUAAGAUUUUGCUGCAAAAUAAAACUAUUAAAUGCAAAAUUGCUAGACAUUGUGAACACAGUAGAAAAUAGGCACCAGUGGUUUUGCUAGUAACAAUUUCUCAGUGAAUGAUAAAACAGAGACUGUCUCAGCCAGUGUUUUUCCAGUAAGUUCUGGCAGAUGCCAUUGCGAUCCAGUGCACGCUCAAGUUUGCACUCUCAGGUUUGCACUCCAGAAAGGGCAGGGAUGCAUCUCCAGCAGCAGUAUAAAUUGUGGCACUCAUGAUAGCUCCAGCUCAACAUUCUCAGUUGUGUAUUCAGAGGGAGCAAAAGUCCCUCACAUUUCUCCUCACCCAGAUGUCCUUGAGCAGUAAGCGUUGACUAUUUUUUUCAGAAAAGGGAAGCUUCAACUCUAUCUGUAACAGAAACAAUUCUGUCUCACUGAUGAAGGGUUAUGGAAUAAAGAUGCCACAAACAGCAUGUUUUUAGAACCAAAA